AUGGGCUUAAGGAAAAAAUCCAGGUCCUCCUCUGCUCAGUCGGAUUUGUUCGCAAACACCACGGACCGGUCAGUCCAUUUCACCUGUCCCGCGGAGCGUCUCGAUCGUUCGGUGUCUAGUCAAAAGCACUCGUUUUCUGCUGAGCAUGUGGAAAAACUGAUGAAAAAACAUAUGAAGAAACGACCUCAUCCUGUAACUAUACUGUGCACAGAUGAUCGGAUCCUAUUUCGGCCGGGAUCCGGUUCUCGGGUGUCCAGACACGUACGAGCGUACGCCAAAUACGGAGAUAUUCGUCACAUUUUCAUCUAUUCACUCAACCCACGAUUGUUCAUGGUAUGUGUGGAAGAUUCCGAGCGGAAAAGUAAGAAAUAUUACGAGAGUUUUCGUUGUCAACAGGCCGAAGACGUGAAUCGAUUGUGUGAAGUGACUGCGACCGCUAAGCAGAACGGAAACAGGUUGACCUCAGCAGUAAUGAAUCAGUUCGGGGACGUUUAUGCAGAUGAUCCAAUAGAGCUGAAUGAGAGUGAGAGACAGAAAAAUGGAAUGGACGUUGAGGAAAUAGAAGAGGUGGUCCUACCAAUGGAAGCCUCGAAGUUACAGCACGCAACACCUAGAGUGGCCUCCGCCUAUGAUUCACCAAAUCGAUAUGAUCUGUCUCAGUCUGAUCUGCGUCGACAAUAUGACCCAACACCACCGAUUUCUCCAGGUAUUAAAGAAUCAAGAGUGACUGAAUAUUAUGAUAAUCCUCGGUUUGUGAACCGUGCAACACCGGUGAUUCCCACACCGAGUCCCGUUAUUCUACAAGAACAACCGGCAUUACGGAGUACAUUCAACCCUCCCGGGAUUUCCACUGCUUAUUUUGAGCGUAUUCAAGCAACACCGCCGGUUCCAUCGUCUGCCCUGAUUGUUCGCGAUAGCCGUCGCACUUCAAAAACCAUGCAACUUCAAGUAGUAGCCGAAUCCAGGGAGCACAGUACGGCAACCUAUCAAACGUACAAUUCAAGGAAUUCAUUCACUCCCAAACUGGACCCUCAAUACAGACGCGAAGAUAUUAUAAGAUUAUUGGGUGAUGAUGUAACAUAUGUGAUCAGCGACCCAGAGAGUGGAGCAAAAAUGUGUCAAUCCGGUCCGGUAUUCCUGUUUGCAAUGCGUGUGUAUGAUCAGGUAGAUCCAUACAUGGGAGACGAUUUGGUGUCUGCGACUAAUUCACCACGGCCACAGUAUUCGUACUAA